UAUUGGCCGGAAUCCAAUAUGGUUUGGGACGCAAAAAAUUGUAGCCUGAAAAUCUGUGGGAAAACCAAAUAUAGAAACUACAACGUCAACAAUCAGUGAAGAAUCUGCUGAGCCGCAACUCCAUUUUCCAAGAAUAUUUACCAGAAAUUACUGUAGCAUAGGAGUGGAGGUUGCACUAAGAUUCUUCAUCUCUGCAACUGCACCUACGCAAUCAGGCCUCAAUUCCCCAUAGGCUUUGUUGAGAUUUUAUCUUUCUCUCAUUUGGGGGCAAACGCCUGCUUCCCCGUAUAUUUUCGCCACCUCAUGAUGGCCACUUUUCGAGAUUCUGUUAUGCAGAAACGUGGUGGUGGCUUUGGAAAUCUUGUAAGGAGAAAACACGUUGACUCUGAGCAUGCAAACUCAUCUUCUUCCUCUAGUAGUGGCCAGCAUCAGUUGGCCAAAGCUCUGACUGUACCUCAUCUCAUUGCCGUAGGAGUUGGUUCAACAAUUGGUUCUGGGGUCUAUAUUCUUGUUGGUACAGUUGCUAGAGAGCAUUCAGGGCCAGCUCUUACACUUUCCUUUCUGAUAGCUGGAAUAGCAGCUGCUCUCUCUGCUUUCUGCUAUGCAGAGCUAGCAAGUCGUUUCCCUUCCGCUGGAAGUGCCUAUCAUUAUUCUUACAUAUUCAUUGGAGAAGCUGUUGCUUGGUUGAUUGGGUGGGCAUUGAUGUUGGAAUAUACUAUAGGAAGUUCUGCAGUUGCUCGCGGCUUGUCACCCAAUCUGGCCUUGCUUUUCGGAGGUCCAAAUAGUCUCCCUUCUUUUAUAGCUCGGCAGGCCAUCCCUGGAUUUGGCGUUGUGGUUGAUCCAUGUGCAGCUAUCUUAGUUAUUGUGGUCACGGGUCUUUUAUGUGUGGGAAUUAAGGAGAGCACUCUUAUCCAAGGAAUUGUUACUUCUGCCAAUAUAUGUGCGCUGAUCUUUAUCUGUGUCGCUGGCGGAUAUUUGGGCCUCAAGACUGGAUGGCGUGGUUAUGAACUUCCUUCUGGAUAUUUUCCCUUUGGGAUUGAAGGAAUGCUUGCUGGCGCUUCGACUGUUUUUUUUGCAUAUACAGGGUUUGAUUCCGUUACUAGUACAGCAGAAGAGGUGAAAAACCCUCAAAGAGAUCUACCUAUCGGUAUUGGUUUUGCACUUUCUAUAUGCUGCACCCUGUACAUGUUGGUUUCCAUGGUUGUUGUUGGUUUAGUACCCUAUUACACAAUGGAUCCUGACACUCCCAUCUCCUCUGCCUUUGCUAGUUGCGGAAUUGAAUGGGCGGCGUAUGUAGUAACUAUUGGAUCUUGUACUGCUCUGUGCUCAUCGUUCAUGGGGUCUAUCCUGCCCCAGUCACGAAUAUUAAUGGCAAUGGCUAGAGACGGCUUGCUGCCAUCAUUUUUUUCAGAUGUCAGUAAAAGCACUCAAGUUCCUGUAAAGAGCACAAUUGUGACUGGACUGAUUGCCGGAAUCUUGGCAUUCAUCAUGGAUGUGGAACAGUUGUCUGGAAUGGUCAGUUUGGGCACACUUCUUGCAUAUACAAUGGUGGCAAUUUCUGUGCUGAUACUAAGAUAUGUCCCACCGCAUGAGGUUCCACUUCCACCAUCUUUUCAGAAAGCGAUAGUUUCAGUUUCUUUGCGGCAUAUGAUCGAAUGUAGUUCCAGUGAUGUCUUUGUGGAGAACUUAGAAGUAUAUGAUACAAACCCGGAGAAUACUCCACUUUUAGUCAAGAAAGUAGCACUUGUUGGAUAUUCUCCUACAGAGAAAGUGGUGCGGAAGUGCAAUUUUCUUGUAAACAAAGGGAAUCAACGGAAGAUUGCUGGCUGGGCAAUCACAGUAAUAUGUAUUGGUGUGCUUAUCCUAACUUCUGCUACUUCAAUUUUCAGCGUCCAUCGGACUCUUCGAUAUAUGCUCUGUGGAAUCGGUGGCAUUCUCCUUUUAUCCGGUCUGAUAUUGCUCACUUUUGUAGAACAAGAUGAUGCAAGGCACUAUUUUGGGCAUGCAGGAGGUUUCAUUUGUCCAUUUGUUCCACUGCUACCUGUUGCCUCCAUUCUCAUUAAUGUUUACUUAUUAGUUAACCUCAGUGCUGCUACCUGGGCCCGAGUGUCAAUAUGGCUGGGACUAGCACUACUGGCUUACGUUUUCUAUGGCCGCAUGCACAGCCCGUUGCAGCACGCCGUUUAUGUGCCUGCUGCUCAUGUUGACGAAAUCUACAGAACGUCCUCCAACUCUCUGUCAUAAUUUGUACACUCCCAUUGAAGCUGAAGGGACGGCUGAUUCUUGGCGUCGAUCCACAGUGCAGCUGGCGUUUCUCUUUACAACUGGUCUAUGCGAUUGCAGCUUGUUGUGCAUUCCUGAUCUUCGAAGCGCUGCCUCUGUCCAUGUUAUUAGACAUUUAAUGUAACCUCUUUUUGUAGCAUAGUGCAAAGCAUAAUCAAUCUUUGCAUCAUUUCCUACAGAUGCCCAGAGAUUGGUGCUUGUAUGAACUUUGUAAGUAGCCUGCAACUCUGAUUCAACUCACACCUUUCGUGAAUAUGGUUAAUUUAUUUGAUGCUGUAGUUGUAGCA